GACAAAGUUGGCCGGGAUGCGGGUCCGUGAGCCAAGCUACUGACAGCGUGGGUGGAAUAUAUGUUGGUAGCUUUUGAUCAUGAAAAUAAGAAAGUGCGUUUGUUGCUAAGUGGAGAAGACGUUCUUCAUACUCUGCAAGAGAAGGGGGAAAGGAUUAACCCCAACCACCCAACACUCUGGCGACCAGAGUAUGGAAGGUAUAUGAUUGAAGGGACACCUGGGCAGCCGUAUGGAGGAACAAUGUCUGAAUUCAACACUGUACAAGACAACAUGAGGAAACGACGACUGGAAGCUGCUUCUGUACUGAAAGAAAAUGAGGCUGUUUGCACUGUAACAUCCUUUCCAAGGCUAGGGUGUCCAGGAUUCACCCUACCAGAACAUGAGCCAACACCAGUAGAAGGAGGAGUAUCAAAGUCUCUGUUCUUUCCAGAUGAAGCCAUCAACAAACAUCCUAGAUUUAGUACACUGACAAGAAACAUUCGACACCGGAGAGGAGAGAAAGUAGUGAUAAAUGUACCAAUAUUUAAAGACAAGAACACACCAUCACCAUUCACUGAAAUAUUUCCCAAUGAUGAUGGCGAAGCAGCUAAAGCAGCUAAACCAGACCAUAUAUACAUGGAUGCCAUGGGUUUUGGAAUGGGCAACUGCUGCCUUCAGGUAACAUUCCAGGCUUGCAGCAUUUCUGAAGCAAGAUAUCUUUAUGAUCAGCUAGCUACAAUCUGUCCCAUUGUGAUGGCAUUAAGUGCUGCAUCUCCGUUCUACAGAGGCUAUGUGUCAGAUAUUGAUUGUCGCUGGGGAGUAAUCUCUGCAUCCGUAGAUGAUCGAACACGAGAGGAGAGAGGGUUGGAGCCACUGAAGAACAAUCGUUAUAGAAUCAGUAAAUCCAGAUACGAUUCCAUAGACAGUUACCUUUCUGAAUGCGGUGAAAAAUACAAUGACAUUGAUUUGACCAUUGACAAAGAAAUCUAUGAACACCUAGUAAAAGAAGGAAUUGAUCAUCUUUUGGCACAGCACAUUGCUCACUUGUUUAUUCGAGACCCAUUGACUUUGUUUGAAGAGAAAAUACAUCUGGAUGAUGCAAAUGAGUCUGACCAUUUUGAGAAUAUUCAGUCCACAAAUUGGCAGACAAUGAGAUUUAAACCACCUCCUCCGAAUUCAGAUAUUGGCUGGGGAGUAGAAUUCAGGACCAUGGAGGUUCAGUUAACAGACUUUGAAAAUUCUGCAUAUGUUGUGUUUGUAGUAUUGCUAACCAGAGUGAUUCUGUCAUAUAAACUGGAUUUUCUCAUCCCUUUAUCUAAGGUUGAUGAAAAUAUGAAGGUAGCCCAGAAACGAGAUGCUGUCCGGCAGGGGAUGUUUUAUUUCAGAAAAGAUAUUUGUAAAGGUGGAAAUGCUGUUGUGGAUGGAUGUGGCCCAGCUCAGAAUGGGACAGACACAGAUGCAGAAGAGUACAUCUUAAUGAGCAUAGAUACUAUCAUCAAUGGGAAGGAAGGGGUCUUUCCUGGUUUAAUCCCUGUUCUGAACUCUUACCUUGAAAACAUGGAAGUGGAUGUGGACACAAGAUGCACCAUUCUGAACUACCUGAAGUUAAUAAAGAAAAGAGCCUCUGGAGAGUUAAUGACAGUUGCCCGAUGGAUGAGGGAGUUUGUUGCUAAUCAUCCUGACUACAAGCAAGAUAGUGUGAUAACUGAUGAAAUUAAUUAUAGCCUGAUUUGGAAGUGCAACCAGAUCGCACAAGGACGGACAGAGUGCCCUGAAUUACUUGGAGCAGGAUUUAACAAAAAACACAGUGGAAUUAAAAGUGGUUCUUCUUAAUGAAAUGCUUUCUAGCAGUUGUGGAAAGUGUAAGCAUUCUAGUGAAGCACUAGGUAUAGUACUGUGAUUCCAGUACAGCUUUGUGGUGUGAAGACCAAAACAGGUAAAACUGCACUAUGAAAAGGGCCAAUCUGCCUAAAUAUUUGUUUAAGGCUUCAUAAAAUGGGUAUAUUCUUAUUGAUGAGGUUUCUACAGUGUACCUGUAAAUAGUAAAAUAUUUUUAUGAUUAACAUCAAUGUAUUUUAAUAACAUUGUACCUAAAGUUAUUGUGAACCGGCUUGUAACUUUUUUAUGCUUAUUCUGGAAAAAAGGACUGUCCUGAACAGCUAUGUAAAUGUAAUGUAAUGGUACUUGUAAAUUUAUAUAUGCAUUCCAGAUAUUGAAUGUUUACUGUAAUUUUUUUUUGUUACCUGGAAUGUACUAAAUAAUCUACCUUAUUUUAAAGAGUUUUUGGGGACCUGACUCCCAGACUUCCCUUCCCAGUCUGUUUUUGAAGGCUAUUUAAAAGAAAUGAACAUAUUCUACCUAUUCCACUUUGCAGGAAUCCCUCAGGUGCCACAAUACCUGCAUGCACUCAUCAACCACAAAACCAGUAGAAUUUGUUCAGCCUUCUCUCAAAUAUGCAAAAUCUUUCUGUUUCCUGAUAGCCAGAGCCCCAAGAAUAGGCUUGCUUCAUACCCUACAAGAAUCAUUUGCACAACCACACACCAUGUGCUCUUAAAGCACACUUUAUAGAAUGUAGGGUUGGGGGUUUUGUUUUUUUAAUUCUGUUAAUUCCUCAUACUCCAGUAAUUUCCCGAAACUGAUUUUUGCCUACAGCUUAUGUUUUAAACAAAAGGGGCAGGGAAGCAGGGGAAGGGCGGAAGAGCUGGAAUAUUGAGAAAUGUUUAAGUGAGAUGAAGCGUUCUGGAUGCCAGAUCUAUUUUGUGCAGCUAAUUAUUUUCCCCCUCUUCAAUUGCUGCUGUUUCUAAACAAUAUGUUGAGGAGCACAUAAAAUAAAUAGUACAACAAAUGAGACAGGUAUUUGUUCCUCUUUGGUUAUGUCUCUCACCCCUAAUUAUAUUUAAGGUAUUGCUUGUUAGCAUGCUCAUUUCCUAUAAACUACUUUGAAAGGUAGCAGAGAGUUGUAAAAGAAGCCUAAUUCUUGCAUUAAAUAGUUUGAAAGAAAAUCAUGAAAUGCACUAAUCCUUUGAAUCAGGAGCCUAAAGUAUAGGGAGACUGUAAAUAAUUUAAAACUUGCCCAUUAGAGCUGUGUAUAACUUUAAGUUUCAUGGGGGCUUUUUACUUUGUUUCCUAACUGGCUUCUUAAAGUGACUUACUGCCUGGUAGAUUAUGCAAAGCUUAAUACAAGCAUAUAUAAAUACCUAAUAUGUAAUUUUUAAAAGGAACUAAUGGAAAUUUGCAGUGAAGCUCACCAGGAAACAGCUUGUAUGUAUUGAUAUUAGAAUUUGUGCUGUGUUCAUAGGUGUGGUUUAGAGAAUAAAAGAAUGCUUCUUUCUGCUACUGGUGAUUUUAUUUCAAUCGAGAUGUAAGUGACAGGUGUUUGCCCAUUUUAGUU